AUGAGUGAUAAGCCAGCAGGUGACGCACCCGAUUGGAUGCAGGAGCAGGCAGCCGAGUUUCAAGAUCUCGUGGGCAGCUUUGUAGAGUCCGUGGUAGACUCAGACACAGACGAAAUUAUCGAGUAUCAGCUCAUCUGGGAGGGUGGUGACUUGGGUGUGGCGCUAACCACAAUCGAAGGUGGCAACGGCGGCGUGGCCGUCAGCCGGGUGACUGGAAAAGGUUUUCCAUUCGGUAUUAAGAAUGUCGGACCGGGCGAUCUCCUGCUCUCGAUAAAUAUGAAAGAUACGACCAAGUUGACGCUGGACGAUGUUGUUGCUUAUUUGCAAGUUUGCGACUUGCCGGCUACUCUACGAUUUAGAAAGCUCUCAUCUGUCUUAGAUCAGACGGUCGUCCCGAUUCCUCGCAAAAGUACUUACGUCAUAACUAGCGGAGGCGCAGCAGGCCCUACCAGCCCCAUGGGCUCAAAACCAGUGCCAUCCUACCCUCGCGGAUCAACGAAAGCUGUUCCAGCUUUAACACACCCAGAUCGUUCUUCCAUGCCCAUGCAGAGAAUACCGUCAGAUUUUCCAAAGGCACCGGCACCACCUCAGCGUCAAAGCGCUAAGAUACCAGUUACUCAAGGAGUAAUGGAAAUGCCUUCGCAGCCGGCACCAACAUCCGUUUCUAAGCCACUGAUGUUUACAGAUGAACCAAUUUCCAACGAUGACAUAGCUUUAAAAAAAAAACUACCAAGUACUCCAGCACACAAGAAGGAAGAAGAGAAGCAUCAUGAGCUGGAAGAUCUAGUACUUACAUCGGAAGUCAACGAUCUCGGGUUCGAGGACUCGGAAGAUGGUUCUGUGCGGUCAUCGCGUGACUCCUGGCGUGAUCAGAGCUUCGACGUCGAUGCGGAUCAUGGCGACUGGAAAUUCGGUGAGGAAGAGAAGAACGAGGAUGGGAUUGUGGAGCAGAAAAGAAAAGAGGAGCUUACUACGCAAGGAUUUCAGCGCAACAAAAGCGGUUCAACUGUUGCGAUGCUUGGGCAUUUCUCGGUUGAAACAAAAAAAGAUGCUUUGCCGAUUCUUCCAAAUGCAGAAGAGGCGACAGGAAUCGCAGCGGUUGACAACGUAAAUGAUUUCUCAUCGGAAAACCAUCAUCCGUCACCUACUCGUGCAAGUGGCCAGGUGCGUCCAUCCGACAUGUCAUCUUCGAUGGCUUCCUCUUUAAAUUCGUCAAUCAACAAUACUGACGGUCCUCGACCGUCGGUGCGUGUGACGAUGGGAAGUACGGCUCCAAUUAUGAAGAGCCACCCGGUUGGCACGCUGCAUGAGAUGUGUGCAAAAGGCGAUCUUCGCGGUGUGGUGCAACAUUUGCGUGUGGAUGGUCCUGACGCUCUUUUGAGCCGCGAGCCUAAUCACGGUCAAACGGGUCUGCAUCUUGCAGUUAAGAGCGGCAAGGUGCCGCUUGUAAAGGUCGUCCUUGAGCAGUACGAGCCGGUUGACGAAAUCAUUAAUGUUGAAGACGACAAGGGCAACACUGCUCUGCACUUCGCUGCCACGAAAACGCCAGCUAUGGUGCACUUGCUUCUUGAAAACGGUGCAAGUGCCAACGUUAAAAACAGUCGCAAGUUUACUCCGUUGAUCAUCUCAGUCAUCACCUCAAAAGAUGAUAGCGUGAUCAUUCCCCGCAUGCUUCUCAAGUUUGGAGCCAACCCGAACGAUAUGCACGACAGUCAAACUGUAAUUCACACUGCUAUUAGCGCAGGACGUUUGAACAUCGCUGGCGCGUUGGUGCGUGCAGGUGCUAAGAUGGACGUAGAGGAUGCCGAAGGCAAAAGUGUUUUUGAAAAGCUACCUCGCAAGGACUUGCGCUACCUGAUCUCUCACAUUUACUUUCCUCCUACCUACAUUACGAAAAAGGAGCGCUCCGAGUGCAUGUUGUGUCACCAAAAGUUCAAAUUUGGCUACCGCGAGCACAACUGCACGCACUGUGGUCGCCUUUGCUGUGCUGAGUGCUCUGCACUGCACGUUGAGAUGUUUAGAUUUCCUAUGGGCUUUCCAGGCCGCACGCGUCGCGGCGCAGCCAACCGUGAGCAGAAACGCGUAUGCAAGACGUGCUACAACGUAUUCAAAGAGCGCAUCGACGAACCGGAAAAGAGCGAUGUAUCCAAGUUUAUUAAUCGCGUGAUUAAUAUCGAGUGGGACGAAGUUAAUCCUGAAAAACUUCAAGCAGUACAGGAGGCAGGUCGCCGUGGCUAG